UGCCGACAUAAGGCAAGUGCAGCUCGCCGGACCGUGACAAGCACCCGAAGUGUUGCGGUCUGCACUGCGUCGUCUUUGAUUGUGUUGUGAGGAAUCGUAACGCACUGAGGUUGGCAGAUGCAUGCGAAAGCAUACCAGCAGGGAGUGACUGUGCCAUUUUUCUCUUAACGUCAGGGUAUUCAAGAAGCGGCAACAGCCACAGGAAGUAGCCAUCUUAUCCAGCACGUUAUGGGUACAACCUGGCUGCACCUGCACCUGCUUCCCGCCACUACCCCAUCCUAACUACGUCCACUACAGAGUUGGCAGCCUUAGUGAUGAUGCCAAGCAGGCAGACAGCAAUAUGCAGGAUGUGGAUGUAUGCAGCCGACAAGCAGCAGAACAGCGCAGUGACGAUUCGUGAGUGGAUGGGCCAGUUCGAGGGCAUCCCCAACGAGGCCAAGCACAUGGCACGCAUGGGCCAGUGCUUCUCCACUGAGCAGUCUGUCCGUGUGCAGGCCAGCCAAGUGCUGGACAUCCCUGACAUUGUGGCUGGCUGCCACCCAGUCAGGAAGAAACGAUACAUUUUCUCAGACGGCGUUGGCAUGAUGCUCGUGCCACUUGCUGAAGAGGUUCAAAAUGUGUGCACAGCUGUACGACGUGAUGAAGCUGACGGACCGUCCAUCGGCCAUCCAAAUUCGGUGCGCCGGGUACGCGUGCUAUGCAUUAACCACGCCCCGCCCAACAAGAAGCUGAUCUGCCUGCGGCCCAGCAUGCAGCUCGGAGAACCUCGAAGUGCGAAGGAACGCGGCAACGGCGAGCACGGCCAGACUGGAGAGGUGCGCAGGCUCCUGAGUCCGCAUGCCGCGGACGCUGUGCCAUCCCGGAACUCCGACGGCUCCGAUGGCAGCGGGCCUUUGGUACAGGACUUCCAUAGCGCUGCCCGUGGAUCGUGCCCGCAAUAUGCUUGCAGUGAUUGACACUACAGACAAGCUCCGGUAUGGAGAGG